GUGUUUUUGUGCAGCGUCUCAAAACAAGGAAGUGAAGCGCCUCUCCGGCUCUGUUUAUGUUUUCGGCGGAUAAAACUUAAUUUUUGGGAGCUAAUGGCGGUGAGCGCGGUUCACCUGGAGUCCGACGCCUUCCUCGUGUGUAUGAACCACGCGCUGAGCACGGAGAAGGAGGAGGUGAUGGGUUUGUGCAUCGGGGAGGUGGAGACCUCCAGGAUCGUCCACAUCCACUCCGUCAUCAUCCUCCGCCGCUCGGACAAGAGGAAGGACCGGGUGGAGAUCUCCCCGGAGCAGCUGUCCGCGGCCUCCACGGAGGCGGAGCGGCUGGCGGACACGACCGGCCGGCCGAUGCGCGUGGUGGGCUGGUACCACUCUCACCCGCACAUCACCGUGUGGCCCUCUCACGUGGACGUGCGGACCCAGGCCAUGUACCAGAUGCUGGACCAGUGCUUCGUGGGCCUCAUCUUCUCCUGCUUCAUCGAGGACAAAAACACCAAGACGGGUCGCGUGCUAUACACCUGUUUCCAGUCCGCGCAGGCGCAGAAAGGCUCCGAGUACGAGCGCGUGGAGAUUCCGAUCCACGUCGUGCCCCGCGAGGCCAUCGGGAAGGUGUGCCUGGAGUCGGCCGUGGAGCUGCCACGGAUCCUGUAGGAGGAGCAGGACACCUACCGUAAGAUCCACAGCCUGGCGCACCUGGACCCUGUCACCAAGAUCCACAACGGCUCGGUGUUCACCAAGAACCUGUGCAGCCAGAUGUCGGCGGUGAGCGGGCCGCUGCUGCAGUGGCUGGAGGACCGGCUGGAGCAGAACAAGCAGAGCAUCGUGGAGCUGCAGCGGGAGAAGGAGCGGCUGCUGCAGGAGCUGGCUGCGCUGUGAGGGACAGAGAGGAGGACAGAGAGGAGGACAGAGAGGAGGACAGUGUGGAGAAGGACACUUUCAGUUCUUUUGUUGUUGGACAGAGCGAAUGGACCUGAUGUUUUCAAUGUUAGCUUCUUUGCAGUUUUCUUACCUUCCAUGCAGGACUGGAUGUUGUACGAAGCCACAGCAGUGACAAAGUUUUGGCAUUAAAAAGAGAGAUACUGGCACUGAAAAAAUAAAACAGUUAUUAAAAAGUAUUUCAUUUUUUAUCUUUA